CAAAAAAUAAAUCCAAACCCAUAAUAUUCACAAUUUAAAUCCAAACUUAAAUCCAAUUUUUUAAAUCCAAUCUUGUUAAAUCCAAAAGAUUUUAAACUGCUCUCUGGCGGUCUGUUUAAGUUCAUAAAUCUAGAUGUAAAAUUUAUUUUGACAGUAUUCAGUUGUUUUUCCAAUAUUUUGCAAAGGAAAAACAAAGUUUGAGCAUCACACAUUGAAAAGUAAUAAAAGUUAUAAAAAAAAAAAUAAAAAAUGGAUUUUAUAAAUGAAAUCAAUGAAAUUGUUAUGUCUUCGUCGUCAGAAGACGACGUUGAGAUAUUUGAAGAGGAGGAGACCAGAAAUCAACGUUCUCCUCGUCGACAGUAUAGGAUGUCAAGCAGGGCUUGUGUGGCAGACUACGAGGACAUUGAUUUCAGAAAAUAUUUUCGGCUAAAAAAAGUAGCAUUUCGGCGACUACAUUCCAUGGUUGUGCAGGAUUUGGAUGGUGACCGACGUCGUUCAAGAGAGCUUACAGCAGAACAUAAGUUAUUGGCUGUAUUGCGGCUCCUUGCUUGUGGAAAUAUGGAGCAGACUGCAGCGGAUUACGCUGGAAUUUCGCAACCCACAGUUGCCAAUAUUUUACCCGCGGUAUGUGAUGCAAUUUUGCGACAAUUGGAUGAAUUUAUUUGGAUGCCCAGAACGAACGAGGAACGGUUGCAAAAAGCGACAUCCUUUGCCAGAUUGGGUAAUUUCCCUAGGUGUAUCGGAGCAAUAGAUUGCACACACGUUCGCAUAAUUUCCCCAGGUGGUGACAUCAGUGAAGCUUUUCGAAAUCGCCAUGGAUAUUUUUCAAUCAAUGUACAAACAAUAUCAGAUGCCAAUUUGAAAGUGCAAAAUGUUGUUGCGCGGUGGCCAGGUUCUGCACACGACCAAACAAUCUUUAGGCAAUCAAAUGUGUGCCUACAAUUGGAAAACGGCGUGCAUGGCGAUUUCGUUAUAGUUGCCGACAGUGGCUAUGCGAACACUUUCUUUCUUUGCACACCUUUUACACGUCAUCGGAACCUAGACGAACUCACACCUGCUGAGAGAAUUUAUCAAAAAUCUAUUUUAACUACACGUAACGUCGUUGAACGCCAGUAUGGUGUCUUAAAGCGCCGCUUUCCAAUUUUGGCUUCAGGCAUACAACUCUAUCGGUUGGAUUUGGUUCAAAAAGUGAUCGUGGUGUGUUGCAUAUUGCAUAACUUGUGCAUCGAUUAUGGUGACGUCGACUCUGGCAACUUGCCGUUGCCACCAGGAAUGAGCGAGGAAGCAUUAAGUGAACCAUUUUCAUCGGAAGGCCUCACGUAUUUGCUGAACGACUAG